AGCCUCAAGGACAAAAAUCGCGGCUUCAGCGUGAUUGCGCAAUAUUGUCCGUGCAAGGUCGCGCCUCCAUCUUCUUGUCAGUCGGCCGUGGCGGGAGCUGGCAAGUGGAUACGUGCGAAGAAAACAAAGACAAAAUGCCCAGCGUUGGAGCCGCGUGCGUCCCGGAUCUGCAGAAGGAGAGGGAGAAAUGUUGUUUUGAUAAAGAGGAAUUGACGUACUUGAUAGAUGGCGGAAAAGAGAGAACCGAAGAACGAAGAGAAAUGGAGAAAAUACUCUUGAGCGAUCCCGAAUACAUGGACAAAAUCCCACCGAGUUAUUUGAGUCACGAAGACAGCUAUGCCAAUGAACUGAGGAAAUCUUGCUACACCAUGUUGAAGGUUGCGAGCGCGGGCAAGCCGUACAGAGACCUGAUCAACUCCGGAACGCUCCGAGGGAUCACUAAGGACGGGAAUCCCCUGGCCCUCCACAUGGCCAUGUUCAUCCCGGCCAUCGUGGGCCAGGGGACGCGGGAGCAGCAGGACAAGUGGCUGGGGAGAGCUCUUCGGGGCGAGAUCGUUGGGACUUAUGCGCAGACGGAGCUAGGUCACGGGACGUUCCUUCGAGGGUUGGAGACGAGGGCGACCUAUGACCCGGUCAAGGAGGAGUUCGUUCUGCACUCGCCCUCCAUCACGGCCAUCAAGUGGUGGCCCGGAGGAUUGGGGAAAACAUCGAACUACGCAGUGGUAAUGGCGCAAUUAUACAUAUGGAAUGUGUAUGAAGAGGCGUCACCCAUCGCCACGCCUCUGUCUGCCGUCCGACGUCAGUCUGAGAUCGUGCCGGGAGAACCAGAACCACAGAUCCUCGACUUCCAGACGCAACAGUACAAGCUCCUCCCUCAGGUAGCUUCAGUGUUCGCCCUCCUCUUCUCGGCGAGCGACCUGGCCACCACGUACGCCCGGGUGUCCACUGACAUGACCAAGGGGAACAUGGAGAGGCUGCCCGAACUCCACUCCUUAUCCAGCGGUCUGAAGGCCCUCAGUGCCUCGGACGCUACGGAGGGCGUGGAGAUCUGCCGUCUGUCCUGCGGCGGCCACGGGUACCUCAAGUCGUCCAGUCUGCCCAGGAUCUACUCGGCGACGACCUGCGCGAUUACCUACGAGGGGGAGAAUACCGUGUUGUGGCUGCAGGUGGCGAGGUACCUGAUCAAGUCCAUCCGCGGAGGCAGAAAGGGCCAACCCCUCAGUGAGUCUGUGGGGUACCUGUCCUGCAACCUCGAUUCCGCUGGCCUUCACACACUCACCAAUGAAGCCCUGGUCGAAGCCUACAAGAUGUCUGCCCAGAAGAUGGUGGAAGACACAGAGAAUAGACUCCAGAAGUUGUGUGACAUGGGUCAAAACGCCCACCACGCUUGGAAUAAUUGCUCUGUGUUGCUGGUCAAAUGUGCUCAGGCUCACAUAAGAUACUUCGUGUGUGAGAAGUUCCUCGAGCGCGUGACGUCAUCAGCUGUCAGCGAGGGUCUAAGGAGCGUCAUGCAUCAGCUGUGCAGAUUAUACCUCGCGUAUCAUAUUACACUUAACCAGGGCGAUUUUCUGAGGAGCGGCUCCCUGACCCCGGCCCAAAUCUCGACCCUGGAGGAUGACCUCGGCUCGCUCCUGACCUCGCUUCGACCCCAAGCCGUGGCCAUCGUCGACGCCUUCGACAUCCAUGACGAGAUCCUGGACUCGACUCUGGGAGCGUGGGAUGGUCGGGUGUAUGAGAGGCUGUUCGAGGACGCCAUGAAGAGCCCCCUGAACAAGACCGACGUCCCUGAAGCCUACCACAAAUACCUGAAACCUUGAUGAAGUCGCAGCUGUAGUUCCAAGGCUUUUAGCGUGUCCCUCAGUGAGGUUCUUUAGGGGUGGUUUUGUUGGAUUGGAGGGAGUUUCGUCCAUGUGGAUUUUGUGAUUGUUGUUUUUCUCGUUGGUGUGAUGAUGGUGAUGAUGAUGAUGAUGAUGAUGAUGGUGAUGUGAUGAUUGAUAAGAAAUCAUCAGAUACGGAAGAUAUUCUUUCAUUCGGAAAACUAGUCAUAGAAUACGUUACUAGAAUAUGUAUUGUUUUAUUAUUUGGAUUCAUAUAAUUAUAAUGUGUAUAUUUUAAAACACACCACACACACAC